UUCCGCGCCUCGCCCUAUCUGAGGACAUGACUUGCUGAGCGACCUGCGUAGUUUAUUCAAGCUUCGCAAUUAAACUGUUUAUGCGAUGUUGGUCUGUAAAGGGAGCUUGACAAACACAAUGUUGUCUGCUCUUAGGGUUCUUCGCUGUAACCAAGUCGUAUUUUCGGCCCAGGUGCAGAGAUGUCUGUCCACACAAACAGAGGGAGAAAUCCGCAUCGUCAAAAUCCUGAAGGAGAAGUUUCCAUUAGCCUCGUCGCUGAAAGUUGUGGAUAUAUCAGGUGGUUGUGGAGCAAUGUAUGAGAUUCAUAUAGAGUCCAGUGAAUUCAAAGGAAAAAGAACUGUACAGCAACAUCAGUUAGUCAAUCAGGCACUCAAGGAAGAGAUUCAAGGAAUGCAUGGACUGCGGAUAUUCACUGAUUUUCCUAAAGAUUAGAGGAUGACACUAGUGGGUGACACAGCUAUGUACAAAUUAUAUAUUUUAAAUGUAAAGCUUUAAUGAAUUUCAUUAAAUUUCUUAAUGUGCCAGUGGUAGAAUUACAGAAUGAAACUAUCUUCCACUGCUGUACACUAACAAAUAUAAAAUGUGAGGAGGCUUUUGACACAAGAGCAUGAAGAAGCCACUGAAAGCUGCAGUACGCACAAAAUACUUUAUGAAAUGACCUGUUGUGUAGGAUUCUUCUCUUUUUAAAGUCUUCUCAGGGCUGGUGAUUAUGCUGAUGUAAUGUCAAAUAAUACUUUGGCUGUAAGUCGGAAGCAGAGAAAAAUAACAGUUUGUGGAGCAGUGUAAACAUUGUUAAAAAUGUUUGUGUUUGUUUAUUAAAAGUUGCUUCAUUUUAAAUAAAUCUCCAGAUAUUUGGUCCACAAUGA